CUUGCACUGUGACUGGGAUUGAUAAGCUCCGCCAAGAUUCUUCUGAUGCGAAGUGGAUAUAUCAUCUGCUGGAUCUGCAUCGGAGUAUAGCCUUGGCCGCACAGACUUUUCAACAGUAAUACACCACUGCGAUCGACAUGACUGACGCAUCCUUGGCCAUCGAAGAGGGCAACUUUCACUCUUCGGCGCGCCAACAAAAGCAUCGUCAUGAUCUCAUAGAUGCCUGGCUCCAGCUUUCGGGUCGAGCAUGGAGCUGCAUCUUGGAGGUAGGCUGCGGUCAAGGAGACCAAACCGCAAGUCUAGCCAAGAGAUUUGCGCAAUCGAAAAUCACCGCCAUAGAUCCAGCCAGCCCCGAGUAUGGGUCUCCAACGACUUUGGGUCAGUCCCAAGCCGCUCUGAAGGCGACACCUUGGGGUCAGAACAUCACAUUCGAGCAGAUGGAUGCCGUUUCCUUUGCCGCACGGUCCAAAUCUGGAAAGGCGGAGAAGCAAGACAUCGCGGUCCUGUCGCAUUGCAUAUGGUACUUUCCAUCCCCUCAAAUCCUCACCGACACCUUUCAAGCGCUCAAAAGUACCGGCACUCGUCAUCUCGCACUGGCAGAGUGGGACAUCUCAACCGGCGCGACGUCCGCCUCGGUGCAUCUUCAUUCCGUCCUGCUCCAGGCUUUGCCCGCAGCGCUGCGAGACACCGAAGCAAAUAUUCGAUGUCCCCUCACGCCCAAUGCUAUUCGAGAGGCAGCUUGCAAAGCGGGUUGGAAGGUGCGGGGAGAAAUGACGCUCAAAUCGCCUGAUCUCGAAGACGCCCAAUGGGAGAUCUAUGCCGCUAAGGCAGCCAUCGCGAAAAUGCAGAAAGCACAUCUAAAGAACGAAGACCAGAUCGCUCUGCAUGCUCACGAGGCUGCAUUGCAAGCCGCGAUAAGUCAUUGGGAGGCAUCGAGACGCAGCACAGAUUCUCUCGCCCCGUGCCUCGAUGUCUGGGUGAGCGUAUUUGAAUAACUCACUCAGACAAGCCGCGCUCUCUUCACUCCUUGCAAAAUUUCACACACAACACAUUGUUGAAUCGUGCGACUGCUUUACAAGAAUUGUCACGAGUCUGUUUAC